AUGACGGCGCGGACACGUCAGGAUGAGCGCAUCUGCUCCGGUGGCAUCAUCGAUGGCGAUGAGCCGAUUCAACAACAACAUCAUCAUCAGCAGCAGCAACAUUUGUUGCAUCAGCAGCAACAGGGUCAGGCGGCAAUAAUGUGGCCACCACAUUUGGGUGUACAAUUUCCGCCGCAUCAUGGCCACCCCCACCCCCAUCAGCCGCCGCCACCACCACCCCCACAUAUGCAUCAGCCACAAAUGCAACCGCAACCCCAGCCAGCUCCAUCUCAGCAUGUCUACAAUGAAUUCCUAUACAAAGUAGCGUAUCCGAGCGCACCUGGUCAACCCGAAACGUACUCCGUUCUGCCCGUUGGUCAUGGCAAUUUUCUCAAGGUCUAUCGGUGUCACGAGAACGCCGUAAACGAUGUUUACGCUCAGCAUAUCAAUAUGGCAUCAAUGAAACAGCAACAGCUUCCACAUCACCAGACAGCCGCCACAGCUGGGCAGACACAGGCUGCCCCGGGACAACUGGCAGCUGCGGCAGCACAGCAAACGCCACCGAUGCAAACACAACUUUAUGAAUUAUUUUCCACCAAUCCGCUGCUGCCAAAGCCAGAGAUGAACAUUGUAACGCAACAGCAGCAACAGCAACAACAGCAGCAACAGCAACAACAGCAGCAGCAGCAGCAACAACAGCAGCAGCAGCAACAGGCAGCACAAUUUCAUCAGGUUGAAGAUGUCGCUACUGGUGUCUCGUCGAGCAGCAGCGCCAAUAUGUUUAUCAAUAACCUGGUGAAUAACUGGUCGCCCAAUUUAACGGGUGGCAGUUAUAUUCAGUUUGGCGGCGAGGUGCCUGAAAAUGCCAACAGCUUUCAAGAAGUAACGCCCAUGCCAGCGCAAGCACCACCGCCACCCCCUUCACCCAUAAGGGUGCAACAGCCGCAGCAGCCAGAACAGAUUGAGAUUGAGUAUCAAGCCAAGGUCGUUCCGCCCAAGACCGUUGAGGUGCUGCCCGUUAGUGCCAGCAAUAAAGAAGCCACAUCUAAGCCAAUGCUAACAACAGCAACAACAACAACAACAACAACUGCAACAACAGCAACAGCCACUGCCAUUAAAAAGGCGCCCGAGGGCAAGAAGCGCAUUGUAGCCGAGGUUAAACCUAUGCCCAUGUCCUAUUCGGAUGUGCUGAGCAAGGGCAGCACAUUGCGCAGCUCGUCCACAAUUCUCGCUAGCAGCAAUGCUGGCGGUGAGGUGCGUUCCAUCAGCAAUCUGGAGAAUGGUCACCAGCCGCAGAGGCGCCAAGGCAAAGAAGAUGGUAAUGGUAACGGCAACGGUAGCAAUCGGGACAUGCGCAACAAUGCCAAACGCUCGCCACUGCACGAACUUAAGGAUGGACCUGGAGGUGGCCUCAAUACCACAAACCAUCGUAGCAAGAAGCGCCAGCAGUCUAAUCAGAGCAUGUUGCAGAAAUCACAGCAAAUGCAGCAGCAGCAGCAGCAACAACAGGCACCGCCCCAGCAGCCAAUGCAAGCACCGAUCAGGUCUAGUAAACCGAUGCCUGACAAGAAGCGGCCUGCACAACUAAAGCUGAAUAAUAAUAAUGCAAACGGUAAUAACCUAAACGGAUUCGGCACCAAGACCAACGACAGCAAGGCAACCAUCAGCAAUCCUAUUGGGAACAGCGCAACUGGCAACCACAGCAGCAGCCACAAUUUCAUGACGCGCAAGUCGAACCACAAUGGAAAUCGGAGCGGCGUCAACACCAGUGGAUCGAAUGCAAGUUACCCCAAUGGAAAUUCGAAUAGUUCGGCUGCGUCAAGCGGCAGCAACAGCAGCAGCAGCAGAGAUAACCAUCACCACCACAAUAGCAACAUGGGCGGCAACAACAACAAUGGCAAUUCGGCGUCGUCGAAACGCUACUCUGCCUCGUCGAAUGCAAAUUUAAGCUCCAAUUCCGGAUCGUACUCGUACUCCUCGAAACGUGGCAAUCGUGGCAAUGGCUACGGCUCGUCCAAUUCGCCAGCACACGCGGGCGCCUCGAAUCGCAACUAUGAGCUGGCCAAGCGCAUUCUUAAUACUUGGUGGAUAUACACGCUCAAGCUGCUUACCUGGCUCUUCUAUCUGAUCUAUGACAUUGUUGUGCUCGGCUGCAGCAUGGCGUACGAGCGCCUGAUCACCGCUUAUGUGGCAGGUGUGGCCUAUGCGCGACAGCUGCACAAGGAACUGAAGCAGAAUUCGGGCAAGCCGAGCAUCUGGUGGCGCAACUAUUGGCGCCGCUUCGACGCUCGCUUCAAGAAGAACUCACGUUGGGCAUUCUGGCGACGCUUCUACAAGCGUAAGCCGCCCGAGGCCAGCGCAGAGGCAUUCAAGACCGGACGCCUGCCGCAGACAGGCGAAGAGGCCAUGUACUCGCUGCUGAAUUGCAAGGGCAAGGAUGCCUAUAGCAUAUUGGGUGUGCCGCCGGAUAGUCCACAGGAGCAGAUACGUAAACACUAUAAGAAAAUUGCCGUUUUGGUGCAUCCGGAUAAGAACAAGCAGGCGGGCGCCGAGGAGGCAUUCAAGGUGUUGCAGCGUGCAUUUGAGCUGAUUGGCGAACCGGAAAAUCGUCUUGCCUAUGACCAAAGCAUUCCCGAGGCACUGCAUGCGGAGAAGGCGUGGACGGAGCUGCACGACUUACUGUCGCAACUGCAAACCAAAAUGACCGAGGCGGCGAAUACUAUUAGAUGCAGCACCUGUGCUCAACGUCAUCCCCGCAAGCUAACCGAACGUCCUCAUUAUGCAGCACGCGAGUGCGCCUCUUGUAAGAUACGCCACUCGGCCAAGGAUGGCGAUAUCUGGGCGGAAACUAGCAUGCUGGGACUGCGAUGGAAAUAUUUGGCGCUAAUGGAUGGCAAGGUCUAUGAUAUAACUGAAUGGGCAAACUGCCAGAAGGGUGCGCUUUCGCAUCUGGAACCCAAUUCGCACAUGGUGCAAUAUCGCAUUGUGCGUGGCGCUCAGCAGCAACAACAGCAGCAACAGCAGCAGCAACAACAGCAGCAACAGCACCAUCCACAUCAGCAGCAGCCGCCGCCCCAUGUCCAUCAUCCUGGUGGGCCAACCAGCGGUGUUAGCGAGGCAACGUUGCACGAGUUUCUGGAUAAUUUGUACAGCGGCCAGCAUCCAGGCGCGUCCAAUCCCACACACUUUGCCAGCAAUGCACGUCGUCGCACCCGUCGCAAUUGAGACCGCCGUGUGGCUUAGUUUAAGCUUAAGUGUUUUUAAAAUCUCCCAACAACAGUUCUAAUAUGCAUGGCACCGUCGGCUGCUUACUACUCUCAUUGAGCAACUGUCACUGGCCAAGAGCAGCAAGAGCAAGAGCAACUAUCAUCCUGUUCAGCACCCACUCACAGAUUUUGCAGCUGUUUAAGUUCUAUUUUAAGCCUAAUUAUGGCCAACAUUACUCAACUAAAGUACAAUGACUACCAAUUGCUGUUUAUAAUUAUUUGAGCAUUUUUUUUCUUUCGUUUUACUGGUCAUACGUAAGUCUAAGGGCAAACAUACAAUUGCGCCCACCACUUAAGUAGUUUGACUUAUGUGUUCUAUAUUUUACUUUCUGCCUACCGCUUAUAAACAGCUUAACACGCUUAGCUCGUAGCAAAACAAGCCUAGAUCUAAGUUACAAUUAUAAAGUGUAAACCCGGUUCGUACGUCAUUUAGGGCGUAUGAUGCGGCAAACAUGUAAAAUCUAACAACCGAAUUAUAAAUGAAUUAUAAAUGUUAAUAAACAACCAUAUAGAGAGC